GACUCCUCCCUGCCUCCGCUCUCUCCUCGCGUCUUCGCUGCAGAGACUCAGACUCGUUUGUUCACGUGAAGAAUGAAAACAACGCGAGCAGCUGAUCGUCUCCUGAGGAAGUGACACGAUGUCAAACCGCUGAGACGCGCACGAGCUUCUCAGGUAACAUGAUGGAGGUGGCAGGCCCGUGGACAGAAGUGUUCGGGCGCUCGGAGAAGUCUGAGGGGGGGGGGACGCUGCUGCAGAGCUCCACUCUGACUCUGGCUCCUCUGCUCGACGACCCUCCCUCCAUCCGCCGCUCGCAGCCCAUCCUCAUCAGCUCCAACAGGCGGAAAACCGUCAACUCGUUCUCUUCCUCCGUCCCGUCCAUACCCAACCCCUUCCCAGAGCUGUGCAGCCCGUCCAAGUCGCCGGUGCUCGUUGGUUCGCUUCCCCCGGUGUCCAGCGACAAACACCUGAUCAAGGUUUAUGGCGAGGACAACCACAGCCGGUCGGUGUGGGUCUCUCCCGGAGCGACAGCCCGAGAGGUGUGUCACAUGUUGGUCCAGACGGCGCACUGCAGCGACCAGGAGAACUGGGCUCUCCUCGAGCUCCACCCCCCCCUCGGCCUCGAGAGGUGUCUGGAGGAUCACGAGGUUGUGCUGGAGGUUCAGGCCACCUGGUCUCUGAAGGGGGACACCAGAUUCGUUUUCUGCAAAAACUACGCCAAGUACGAGUUCUUCAGGAAACCAGUGCUCUUCUUCCCAGAGACCAUGAUCUCCGACAGCGCAGACGUCAACAAGGGGAUGACGUCAUCGGAGCUCAUUCAGAACCUGCUGAGAUCUGGGACGUGUCCGGAGAUCCAGGGUUUCCUCCACGUGAAGGAGCCGAGUCGUAAAGCCUGGAAGAAGGUUUACUUCUUCCUCCGACGCUCGGGACUCUACUGCUCCACCAAGGGCUCGUCCAAGGAGCCGCGGCACCUGCAGUACGUGGCCGAUCUGGAGGAUCUGAACGUGUGCACGGUGGUGAACAGCCGAAAGCUGUACGGAGCUCCAGCGGACUUCACCUUCUGCAUCAAGCCGUGCAGGAACCCGGUGCGUGUUCAGGACCUGAAGAUCCUGUGUGCAGAGAACGAGCAGAUACGAACGUGUUGGACGUCGGCUUUCAGAUUGUUCAAGUAUGGGAAGCAGCUUCAGUGUAACUACCAGUUGUCAAAGUCGGCUGCACAAAGUGUGGAAGGAAGAAACCUGACGGAAAACAAAUCAAACUCGGAGGACAGCCUGGUGGCCAUGGACUUCUCAGGGAAGGCCGGAGGACGGGUCAUCCAGAACCCGACGGAGGCCCAGAACGCAGAGAGGGAGGAAGGACAAGCCUGGAGGAGGAGAGAAGCUCUGAGGUGCAGCCUCCCCAACCUGAACUCUGCUGCGAGACCGUCCUCCAUCCACAGGACACAGCCCUGGUUUCAUGGCGGCAUCUCCAGAAAAGAAACUCAGAGGCUGAUAGAGAAGCAGGGGCUGGUCGACGGGAUGUUCCUGGUCCGUGACAGUCAGCAACACGCUCAGUGCUUCGUCCUGUCGCUGUGUUACCAGCUUAAGACCAAACACUACCUGGUGAUCCCUUUCGAGGACAGCGGCAGGAAGUCCUUCACCAUGGACGACGGUCUGACCCUGUUCAUCGACCUCCUGCAGCUGGUGGAGUUUCACCAGAUCAACAAGGGCAUCCUCCCCGUCUGCCUCAAACACCCCUGCGUCUGCGUCGCUCUGUAGACCCACAGCCUGCGACCUCUGACCUUUACCUCUCCUCCUGACCCAGGAUCAGUCGGGCGCGUGAACGUCAAGUCCAAAGUGUGUCUGCGUCAUCACAUCGCUCUGAUAUCUGUGAGGCGCCGCUGAUAAAGAGCAAUUAGACGACUGGAUUUCGUCAUCUCCAAAGUGCCCGAGCAGUUCAAAGGUGUGUGUGUGAGUGAUAACGUUAUCACAGCGGCUGUGAGACGUGGACUCGCGGGACUGAAGCCGAUCCUCCGCCCCACCUCUCUUUAAUAUUUUUAAUUAUCCUCCACGACGGCCCCAGACAGUGGUGGGUUUUUUAUUUUUAAUUAACGAGCCCCGGUCCCAGCGGAGGCGCCUUAAUUAGCGACGCCGGACAGACGUUUUGACUUCAGGGAUGUUUGCAGCGUUUUUUUAAUCACGUGCACUUUGAUUCAUAUCCAUGCAGUCGUGGUGAGAAGGUUCACUGAGACGAGGGCUGCACCAGAACUCAUUGACGACUGUGGCCAUCAGAGGGCGCUCUCAGUCAGGGAUCAGCAGAAGGGUUCAUGGGAGUUGUUCAGCUGUGUGAUUUGGUUCUGAUGUGAAUCUUAGAAGAGAAGUUUGAAAUGGUGAAGCCCCCGGUUGCCGUCAUGUAGCAGGAAGCUUCUCACACUGUGUGAGGUUCACUAACUUCUUUAUGUGCCUUAAAUCUCGUAUUUUAAUUAGAACAAACUUUAUAUGAAUCUCCAUGAACUCUUCCGAAGCUGUAUUUGCACAACGAGGGUGUAGAGAAACUUGUUUGUUAACAGAGCUGCAACAUUUGGACGUUUGAGCAAAUAAAAGUGAUAAUAAUGUUU